AUGAGUUAUAUUUUCAAGGAAUGGUCCCCAGCCUUACUCCAUCUUAAUCUAAUCGACAGAGAACAAUAUCGCAACUGCCACAUCCACAGCCCCCAUAAACCCCAAACACCAACAAUGGGCUACAAACUCCACGAACCCAAGGAAUCCAUCGAUAUUCCACAAGUGCAACGCGCAAUUGUAUGCCUGCCCAAUGGCCGGCUGGGCCACGCCCGCGACGCGCCCGUCCCCCCCCUGGCCCCGGACAUGGUGCUGGUGCGCACGGCCGCGGUGGCGCUGAACCCGACCGACCACAAAAUGGUCGCGAACUUCCCGACUCCGGGCGCGGUGUCUGGGUGUGAUUUCGCUGGCACAGUAGUCGCCGUGGGAUCUGCAGCGACCGAGCGGGUCAAGGUUGGCGAUCGCGUGUGCGGUGGAGUGCAUGGGGCGAACCCACUCGACCCCGCUGUCGGAGCCUUUGCCGAGUACGUCGGAGCCACCGCGGACAUUCUGGCGGUCAUUCCUCCGGAUUUGUCAUUUACAAAUGCCGCUGCUAUCGGGGGCGCGGGUCCGGCGACAAUGGCUUUGGCUCUCCGGGACGAGCUGGGGCUGUCGAUCAAUGCAUCGUCCGAGCGAAAGGAGGAGUUUGUGCUGGUCUAUGGAGGAAGUACCGCCACGGGGACGAUGGCUUUGCAGUUUCUACGCAGCGCGGAGGCCGUCUUCGACUACCACUCCGAACGGUGCGCCGAAGAGAUUCGGAGCUACACCAAGGACACACUCCGGUACGUUCUGGACUGUAUCACCGAGCCGGCCACCAUUGAUCUCUGCCUGAGGAGUAUCGGUCGCGCGGGGGGCAAGUACUGCGGGCUCGAGGCGUUUGCCGAUGAGUUACGGUCACGUAAGGCUGUGUCCAUGGAAUGGGUGCUGGCGCUGAGCAUCUUCGGCAAGCGGAUCGCACUCGAUAGGGGCUACGGCCGGGAGGCGGAUCCCAAACAUCGAGUGUUGGGUCGGGAGAUGUUUGAGGAAGUGGAGCGGAUGCUGCAGGAUAAAGAGCUGAGAGCCCAUCCGGUCCGUGUGAUGAAUGAGAGCUGGGAGGAUAUUCCUCAGGGACUGGAUUUGCUCAAAGCUAAGAAGGUCUCGGGAGAGAAGUUGGUGUAUAUUGUUGAUCAGCGUCAGACGGGUCUAUAG